AUGGCUGCUCCGGCGGGCCACCCAGAAGUGGUCGCAUCCCACCCGGAAAAGGUCACUGGCGACUCCGAAGCCGUCGCCGCCGCGAGACGCGGGGACGUCGCUGCGGUGCGGCUGUGGCUGGAGCGCGGCGCGCCAGACACCAGGAGACGGACGCCGUCCCAGUCCGCCGUGGCGACCGUCACACGACCCCCCGGCGCUGCCGCGGCCCCAGGGAGCCAAUCGGGCCUCGAGCAGGCGGGGGCGGCAGCAAGUCAGGCGGGAGACGAGGAGGGAUGCCCGGGACUAGGCCCGGGACGAGGCGACACGCCGCCUGCCUUGGCCGUCGACACGGCCGCGGUCGACAAGGUUGUGCCUCCCGAGCUGCUCGAGCAGCUCCAGUGCCCGCUGAGCCUCGACUUUAUGUCGGACCCGGUGAUGGCCGCGAGCGGACAAACCUAUGAGCGGGCAGCGAUCGAGAAGUGGCUCGCCAUGGGCAAGCGCACUGACCCGAUGAGCGGCCAGCAGCUCGAGCACACAGACCUCGUGCCGAACGUGCUGGUCCGAAGCCUCUGCCGCACGUUUGCGCUCUCGUGA